AUGCCUCUUCAUCUCCUAGGCAAGAAGUCCUGGAAUGUCUAUAACCCAGAAAGUAUCGCGCGUGUACGAAAGGAUGAAGCGGAGGCCCAGGCCCGAUCAGCCGAACAAGAACGCCAGAAACAAGAUGCGGAAUCCAAUAAGAGGCUCGCCAUAUUGCGAGGCGAGCAGUCUACAGAGGCUGAAGUACCUACGCUGCCGGACGACGAGCCCCGACACUCUCAAAAGAGACGGAAAACAGCCGAUCGGGGUGGGAAUGGUACCCACGCGCAGGUGCAGAAGCAUGUUCUAAACACACCAAUGAAGGGACCAGCUUUAUUUGAUCGCGACGGUCAUAUCGACCUGUUAUCAGACCACGCGCAGCUGCGUCAGAAUCAAUCAAAGCCGGCAGAACAGACCGUUGAGCCCCGGGGCAUGCGCUUAGCUGAUGCCGCCGAAUAUGGCGCAAAGUCCGGUGACCCAUGGUACCGCAGCAGUUUGUCGGAUGGUAGCUACCGACAAGACAGGAUCAGUACGGAUGUGUGGGGUAAUGCAGAUCCACGACGACAAGAGCGAGAGAAGCAGAGAAUUGAUGCCAGUGACCCACUGGCAGCCAUGAAGAAGGGGGUAAAGCAGUUGCGCAGGGCUGAAGAAGAUAGGAGGCAGUGGAAGGCACAGAGAGAGCGUGAUCUCAACGAGGUUGAAACAUUGGCGAGAGAAACUGCUCAGCGCCGAAGGAAAAACAGCGACGCCGAUAGCAUUGAGGGUUUCGACCUGGACGAUGGCUACACAAAGCGUCGUCAUAAACAUGCGACAGGGUCGAAGGAUACACAUCAUCGCCGACACCGCCAUCACAGACAUCGAAGCAGAAGCAGGGAUCGACAAAGAUAUCGGUCGAGGAGCCCACGCAAACCAGGCGAUUAG